AUGAGCUCCCCUGGCUUGCCACAUAACCCGGAAGACAGCGAUGAUGCCGUUACCAUCACGCCUGACGAUGAGCCCAGGUACAACCCAACACAACUGAUAUACAACAGAGAGACAGGACUAGAGGGGUCCACGCUUUUGAACGGAGAGACAAACGGCUUGACCGAGGGGUCCAGUUCCACUUUGGCCAAUGGGUUUCCUCGACAAUCAAGCGAUUUGAUGCAGUCGCACCUUCAGCAACUACAGUAUAACGAGCACAGGAUCUCUCUCAACAGAUCAAUUGGCUCUGCACUGGGGAUCUUGGGUGAACUUCGCGCCGAAAACAGCAAGCGUCCUAUUUUUUACCCGACAGAUGCUGAGGAUUCGAGCAAUUCGAAACUCAUAGGUUCCUCUUCCAGAUUGGCGCUGAUAAGGCAAAAUUCUCUAGCUCCGGCCCAGAACUUAAUCCACAAAGCGACGGAGAUUAAGGACGUGGAGCAAUUUGAACUUCUCACGAUCAAUCUGAAACUCGACCAGACGUCUGGUGUGAAUGCAAUUUCUUCGCUGGAUCGUACGGGACUGGCGUCACUCUUCAAUGACAAAGUCAACCAUGUGAUGAAGCACUUGCAGGCCCUGAAGGAGAGAAUCGACGAUACUUCCUCAAAAGUCUUCGUUACUGGUGAUUUGAACUCGGGUAAAUCUGCUUUUUGCAAUGCGUUACUGAGAAGAAGACUGUUACCUGAGGAUCAACAACCGUGUACCAGUGUAUUCUGUGAGGUCAUAGAUGCUCGUGAUAACUCGGGUGUUGAAGAGGUGCAUGCCGUUUCAAUUGGGCAGGCUUACAACCGCAGAAAGGAGACCUCAUACAAGAUUUUCGGUUUGAAAGAUCUUGAGGAUCUGGUAUACAGAUCUGAUCUCUACUCCAUAUUGAAGAUCUACGUCAAUGAUAACAGACCCAUUGAACGCAGUCUGCUGAAAAACGGAGUGAUAGACAUAUCUUUGAUUGAUGCUCCAGGUUUGAAUUUAGACUCAUACCAAACUACUCAAGUGUUUUCCAGGCAAGAAGAGAUCGAUCUGGUGGUUUUUGUGGUGAAUGCUGAGAACCACUUCACACUGUCAGGAAAAGAGUUCAUUGCUUCAGCAGCUCACGACAAGAAUCUCAUGUUCAUUGUGGUCAACAAGUUUGACAACAUAAAGGAUCAGGACAAAUGCAGGCACAAGAUUAUGGAUCAGGUGCAUGUUCUUUCUCCGGAAACUUAUAAAGAUGCUAGUGAGUUCGUCCAUUUCGUCUCGUCCGCUGAUGUUUUGGAAGGCUUGCCAGAAGGCGGGCCCGAUGGUGACGCCGACGGAAAGGAUGAUAAUGACCCUCUGGAUUACGAUUCUCCUGAGUUUGACCAUUUGGAGGCUUCUCUGAGGCGGUUUAUACUGGAGAAGAGGUCAAUCUCGAAACUUUUGCCCGUCAAAACAUACCUGGGCAAGCUUUACUCGGAUCUGGGUAAACUGUGCGUCAUUAAUGAAAAGCUUUAUUUGCAGAGCAGAGACGACAUGCUGCUCGAGCUCAAUGCCCUUACUCCCAAGUAUGAACAGGCAGUUGCUGAGUCCACCAAAAUCCAUGAUCAAAUCCAGAAGGUGAUUGAAUCAACCUCGGCCGACGUGUACAGCUUCUCCAGAAACAAGAUCACCAACACUGUCAAUGCCAUCAAGGAUAUGCCUUUGGCCCAAUACAGAGGACUUGCAAGUUUGUAUGUUUUUGCUAAGGAAACGCAAUUCCUCAUGAUCAACGAGCUUCUCAACUCCGUUACCGACUCUGAGAACUAUGCCAGAAAGAGGACGGGUCUGGCUGUGGAUGAGAUUCGCCAGAUUGGAAUAACGCAAGUGGCAAGUGCAAAGCUUCCCAACACGAGGUUCAAAGAAGAGGCCAUGUUUACGAAGAAGUACCACAACCUGAGAAAACGUCUUAACGAGGACAUAUCGCCUUUUGAUUUUUUCGAUCCCACUUUUGAUGGUUUCUUCAGAGCUAUCGGUCUCUUGAGGGGCGGCACGAGCUACCAGCUCCAGGUGUGGAAGAGCUCUGCCAGUGCUAUGGCAGUGUACUCUUCAACUAGAGUCUUGCAAAAUGGGGUUGCUGUUUUGAAAAACGUCGUUUCAGUCAGAGACAUCCUCUCAGUUGGAUUUUUCAAGAAGGUGGUAACCCCUGUGAUUUUGACUGCUGGGGCCCUGUCUGUGGCUUACUUGGUGUAUGAUAUGCCAAAUGCAUACCAGAGGAAGACCGCCAGGAAGAUGAGUCGUCAAGUUCAAGAGGAGGACUACCAGCAUGCCAAUUCUUCAAGAAUUGCAAAAGAAUGCCGAAAGGUGUUGGCAUAUCCAUCCAGGGACGUCAUGAACUGCUUGCAGACAUCGCUCGAGGAGACUGCUACCAAAAAGAAGCAGAUCACGGAAUCCUUAAAGAACAGUGAUAUGAGUUAUGAUUUCUACAGAAGAUUGGCCAAAAUGAUCACCACACAGAAGACCCAGGUUGAAUCUUUUAGCUUUGAGGCUCUUCACAGUGUUGAUUGA